AUGCUGCGUCACUUCCGGCGCGUGCGUCCGCCGUCGGUCCGCCGCGGGAUGGCGGCUCUGAGGAGUUGGGUGACUCGGAGCGUCAGCUCUCUGUUCAGGUACAGACAGCGUUUUCCUGUCUUGGCAAACUCUAAGAAACGCUGUUUCUCAGAAUUGAUAAAACCAUGGCACAAAACUGUGUUGGCUGGAUUUGGCGUGGCACUGUGUGCGGUUCCUAUUGCUCAGAAGUCGGAGCCUCAGUCUCUCAGUAACGAAGCAUUGAUGAGGAGGGCUGUCUCUUUGGUAACAGAUAGCACCUCUACCUUUCUGUCUCAAACCACGUACGCGCUGAUUGAAGCAAUCACCGAGUAUACUAAGGCUGUUUACACGUUAGUGUCUCUGUAUCGACAAUAUACAAGUUUACUUGGGAAGAUGAAUUCCCAGGAGGAAGAUGAAGUGUGGCAGGUGAUUAUAGGAGCCAGAGUUGAGAUGACUUCAAAACAGCAGGAAUACUUGAAGUUGGAGACCACUUGGAUGACAGCGGUUGGCCUUUCAGAGAUGGCUGCGGAGGCUGCCUAUCAAACUGGAGCAGAUCAGGCCUCCAUAACUGCCAGGAAUCACAUCCAGUUGGUGAAGUCACAGGUACAGGAGGUGCGCCAGCUCUCCCAGAAAGCAGAAACCAAGUUGGCUGAAGCACAGACAAAAGAGCUGCACCAGAAAGCACAGGAAGUGAGUGAUGAGGGGGCUGACCAGGAAGAGGAGGCCUACCUGCGUGAAGAUUGAGGGCUUGAGCCCAGUGCCCUGUCCAUCCACUCUGUGGGGAAAGCCGGUGGAUGGCAUCCACCUAAUGUCCCAGCUCUGCAGAGCUAACAGGUUCUGCCAUUGACAGACCAGAGCCUUCUGUGAGCUGUUCCUGGCCCCUUCUCUCUGCUCACAGCCUCUGUGCCUGGUUCUUAGCUCUGGGCGUGGGUCAGCACUGUCCCUCAGCACAGCUCCUCUCUUGCUGAUCUUUUACCUCACACCCAAAGCAUUUCACCAACCUGGGCCAACAGAGGAGGAGCCUUUCCUGCCACACCCUUAAGUUCAGUAGCUGUUUAACUACAGUUUUUAAUGUUACUCAGACGUUCAAGUGUGAUUUAGUGCUUGCUUCUCCACAGGGAAGUGGGGGGCUUGUCUGGUCUGUACCAUUUCUGUGUUUAUAAUGUCCUUUCUCCCUGUGAGCACAGCUCAGCUGUGGAGUUACUCAGGGUAUGAACAGCUCACCUGGUGCUCCUCACAGGCCCAUCUCUUAACACGUACUUCUUGUUUGUUCCUUCUUUGAAUUUCUCUGCUGUAUCCAAAGGAAGAGAAGUUUAGUGUUUGCAUUAAAAAAGAGAGUGAGAGUGAGUCUUCGGGCUGUCCUGCAGCAUCUUCCUUCCCUGCCUAGGCGGUGGGAGCUGGGGGCCCUGGGGUCCUAAGGCUCCCUGGCAGCUGACACUCCCAUUCAGCACAUGCUACACAAGUUUGCCAGGUUUCAGCACUUUUAAUCAAAUAAGGUUGGUAGCAUAAAAAUAAAGAUCAUUCCCUGCUGACCACCA